AUGGAUCGAAAUUGGAUAAAAGCACCUCGGUUGUCAAAAGAAUAUAGGAAUGGCGUGAAGGAGUUUUGUAAUCAUGUAUCUCAGUAUGCAAAGGAUACCAGAUUCAUCUUAUGCCCAUGUCAGAAAUGUUUAAAUUUUGUAGAAGUUGAUGGUCUCGACAAGUUAAAUGAACACUUAAUGUGUCACGGCAUUGAAAGAACUUACACGUGUUGGACAUAUCAUGGUGAAAAGAAUGGAAUAAGUGACACAAGUAACAUGAAUUCAAAUUAUCAAUUUAUAAAUAGAGGGGAUGCCAAUGAGACUACAAACACUGGUGGCACUACUUCUGGUGAUAAAAAAAAUAAGCCUGAAGUAUUCAAUGAAGAGUUACGCAAUCAUCCUGAUAUGCAUGACAGACUAAAGGAUGAUGCUGCGCUACCAUUAUGGCCUGGGUGUAAGAAGGCUUCUAAAUUAUCAGCUGUGUUGACUUUGUACAACUUAAAAGUUGGACAUCAAGUUUCUGAUGUUUUCUUUACAGAGAUGCUCACAGCUGUUAGUGAACUCUUGCCAGAUGACAAUGUCCUACCGCGGAGAACUUAUGAGGCUAAACAGAUGCUCAAAUCCAUUGGAUUAGUACAUGAAAGGAUUCAUGCUUGUCCUAAUGAUUGUAUUUUAUAUCGAAAAGAGUAUGCAACCUUUGAUGAAUGUCCAAAAUACGGAUUAAAACGUUAUAAGACCAACAAUUCUCCCGCAAAGGUCAUGUGGUACUUUCCUAUAUUACCCAGACUCAGACGAUUGUAUGCUAGUGUUGAAGAUGCUAAAAAUUUAACGUGGCAUCACGAUGGUAGAACGAAAUAUGGGAUGUUCAGACACCCUGCUGAUUCACCUCAAUGGAAGACAUUCGAUGAUACAUAUAAGGAUUUUGGGAAAGAACCAAGGAAUCUUCGUCUAGCACUUUCAACUGAUGGAAUGAACCCUCAUCGUCUUCAAAGUAGUUCUCACAGUACAUGGCCUGUGAUUUUAAUGAUCUAUAACUUAGCACCGUGGCUUUGUAUGAAGCGCAAAUAUAUGAUGAUGUCAAUUUUGAUAUCAGGUCCUAUACAACCUGGUAACGACAUUGAUGUAUACUUGGCACCAUUAGUCGAGGACUUGAAGCUACUAUGGGAAGAGGGAAUUGAAGUAUAUGAUGCACACAAAAAAGACCAGUUUAGAUUGAAGGCCAUGUUAUUCGGAACAAUAAGUGAUUUUCCCGCUUAUGGCAAUCUUUCCGGGUAUAGUGUGAAAGGCUACUAUGCAUGUCCUUUGUGUGGUGAGGAGACUGGUCAUAUUCGAUUGAAACAUUGUAAGAAGUGUGUUUAUAUGGGGCACAGGCGAUGGUUACCCUCAAACCAUCGGUACAGAACUAUGCCAUUAGCAUUUAAUGGUGAAGUUGAAGAACGAGGUGCUCCUCCUAUAUUAUCAGGUGAUGAAGUUUUUAAAGAGCUUGAAACCCUAGACGUCCAAUUUGGUAAAGAAUUUGCGAAGGAUGUUCCUACUAGGGGCUGGAAGAAGCGUUCGAUUUUCUUCGAAUUGAGUUAUUGGAAGGACCUCUAUGUCAGACAUUUUAUCGAUCUCAUGCAUGUGCAGAGAAAUGUUUUUGACAGCCUAAUUGGCACCAUGCUUGGUGUCCGGGGUAAAACUAAAGAUGGUCUUAAUGCAAGGAUGGAUAUGUUGGAGAUGGGAAUAAGACCCGAGCUAGCCCCUCAGGAGAAACCAGGAAAAAAACCUUAUUUACCUCCUGCAGCUCAUACUCUUUCUAAGGAUGAGAAGAGAGUAUUACUACAGACACUCCAUUCAGUCAAGGUGCCAGAAGGAUUUUCAUCAAAUAUCAAAAGUCUUGUAUCUAUGAGUGACAUGAAAUUAAAGGGCUUGAAAUCACAUGAUUGUCAUGUUAUCAUGGAGAAUUUGCUUCCAAUUGCUAUACGUUCCAUUUUGCCAGAAAAAGUACGGAAAACAAUCACAAAGUUGUGUUGGUUCUUUAAAUCAAUGAGUAGCAAAGUCAUUGAUCCAAGAAGGUUGCCAUAUCUCCAACGACAAAUUGUUGAGACACUUUGUGAGGUUGAAAUGUAUUUUUCCCCAUCGUUCUUCGACAUCAUGAUUCAUUUGACUGUGCACCUUGUUUAUGAGACAAGAAUGUGUGGUCCAGCUCGUGUGAGAUGGAUGUAUCCAGUUGAACGAUAUUUGAAAAUCUUGAAAGAAUAUGUAAUGAACAGGUCUCGACCAGAGGGUUGCAUUGCAGAACGCUAUCUAAUUGAAGAAGCAAUAGAGUUUUGGUCAGAAUUUAUCCCAAAUGUGGAAGCAAUUGGUUUGCCAAGUGACCGUCAUAGUGGUAGGAUUGAUGGUGAAGGUGUUACUGGAGGUCAACAAAUUGAGAUCAACAGUGCACAAUGGCGUCGAGUGCACCUUUGUGUUCUACAUAACACCGUUGAUGUUGUUCCCUUUGCAGAAUUGCAUAGGAAAUCUAUUAGUGAUGAACAUCCUGAGAAAGGGGCUAAUUGGAUAGAAGUUGAGCACAAUCAUACAUUUAUUGAUUGGUUCAAGAAUUAUGUCGAUAAUGAGUUAAUGCACAAUAGUGAAACAAUAUCAGAUAGAGUAAGAUCUACUUGUUUUGCUAUUUGA